UUGGUCCAUGUUAUUCUUGUGCCAUGUUAGAGAUUCUUGCUGAAACUAAAAUGACAAAUGCUUCCCUUUCUCAAUUCUGCACAUACCACAAUAGUAGUAUGACUAGUGGUCAUAAUUUCCUCUAGCUUAAUAGGGAACUGAGAACACGUUGCUUGGUAUCUGUUACACCAGGGUCAAGUAGAGAUAUGGUGCUUACAUUUAAGAAGAACGGCAAAAAGGGCUGUUCUUUAACCUUCAAUAUAUUUGCUCUAAUGCGCCCAAAAAUGUUCUGAGCACUGAUACAACUUGUCCAGAAAACUUCUGCUUCUUCUGUUUUAACAAGGCCUAAAUAAACAACAAUUAUUAGCCUAUUCUCUGUUUUAAAUCUGAAUUUAGGAUUCUUUGAAUUUACAUUUAUUCAAAAUGUGCGCUUACGUUCAGGAUUAUGUCUAAUUGAGAGACAACAAAUCAGUUUCUCAAAGACCGAAACCUCUUUGGUUCAUAAUGCAUACGCUGAUUUAUCCUCUUUUGUUUGACAUAAUUCAUUAGUGUGUUAGUUGAAUUGUUAUUUGCUCUUAUGUGGUCCGAUCUGUCUUGUUUGUUGCUUUAUUGUAUGACCCAGAGAAUUUAAAUGAACUGCAAAAAAUGUGCUUUAUAAUUAAAAAACUCAGAUGCAGACAAUAGAUGUAUAAAUAAAAGUGUAAACAGCACCACUGUGUGGUAAAGAGAUCAAAUGCUCAAGCCAAAUUAAUAGAUUUGUUCUUCUUUUUGUGCAGAGUUCACCAAUGGCCUAUAAAGCGUCCGGUGAAAGCCUCUUUGACAGUCUUUAUGAUUUAUAUGACAAUUCCUCUGAUGCUGAAUAUGAUUGCUGUGAGGACGUGUGCGACCCAAGCAAGGAUGUGCAAUUUGAGCAGGCAUUCCUCCCAGUUCUGUACUCUGUGGCGUUUGUUGUGGGCAUCCUGGGGAAUGGGGUGCUGCUGGGAGUUCUGGUUCAGAGCAGGAGGACCUGGAGUGUCACGGACACCUUCAUCCUCCAUCUCGGUGUGGCGGAUGUCCUGCUGCUGGUGACUCUGCCCCUCUGGGCUGCGCAGUCCGCUCAAGAUAAGGGGUGGACCUUUGGCACUCCUCUCUGUAAGAUCACCGGAGCUGUUUUUACGAUCAACUUCUACUGUGGAAUCUUUCUGCUGGCCUGCAUCAGUCUGGACCGCUACCUGUCCAUCGUCCACGCUACCCAGAUGUACUCCCGCAAGAAGCCCUGGGUUGUUCAGGUCAGCUGCUUGGCGGUGUGGCUCUUCUCCCUGCUCCUUUCCAUCCCGGACUGGAUCUUUUUGGAUGCUGUGAUGAAUCCCAGAACCGAAAAAGCACUGUGUGUACGGAACUACCACAAGUUCGACUCCGGGUCCGUAAUUCACUGGCGACUGGCAUCACACCUUAUUUUCCACAUAGUGGGUUUCCUGCUGCCUUCAGCCAUCCUGAUCUUCUGCUACUCCUGCAUCCUGCGCCGGCUGCGGUGCGGCUCCCAGGGCCUCCAAAAGCAGAAAGCUUUCAAGGUCAUCGUGGCAGUAGUGGUGGUUUUCUUUCUCUGCUGGACGCCAUACAACAUCACACUCAUGGUGGACACAUUUCAUUCCAGCAAAAUCAAUGAGACCUGUGGAGUCAGAACGUCUCUUGAGACAGCCAAGAUGGUCACUUCCUCCGUGGGUUUCCUCCACUGCAGCCUCAAUCCCAUCUUGUAUGCCUUUGUGGGUGUGAAGUUCCGGCGUCAGCUCCUGGACAUCCUGAGGUCUCUCGGCUGCAAGCUGAAGACAAGUGCCAAACUGCAAUCUGUUGGUACCAGCAGGAGAAGCUCCAUUUGGUCUGAGUCUGCUGACACAUCCAACUCCAUUGCUAUUUAAAAGAGAGACACAAACAGAUUAACAAGCACAUUUCAAAACUGAACAAACUGACAACAUUUCUUAAAUAUCCCAUGUUGUAAAAAGUGAGAUUUAAAUGAUAUUAUUUUAUUUUUAUUAUAAAGCAGGUCCAAUUACUGUAAAAAUACUGUAAAAGUAUCAGAAAGCUCAGUAAAUGGAGAAAUACACACAGACUGUAUUCAGAAACUGCGCCUUUAAACAAGCAAUCGGGAUUUUUAAUUAUACAUUAUAUAGACCACUCCAAAGGUUUUAAGUGUAAUCCUUCUAAAUAUGUCCCAGUUUAUUUCCGGUUCCAGUGUAUGUAAAUGACAACAGCUGACAGGAACUAAACAUGGACACAAUCAUGGACGCAAUUCCAUUGCUAAACGUGCUAAAAUGGCGUGUUUCAGGUAAAAACAGGUAUAUUCAGACAGACAGUAUGAGAAAAAUAAUGUUAAUAAUAAACAAUAUAUAUAUAUUUUUUUAUCAUUAAAGCAUGCUAACCUGUUCUUGUAUAAACCCAAUAUACAAGUAUGACAUGGAAAUGAGCAUAAUACGUAUGUAAAAAAAGACAUGAACAGCAGAGUGAACAAUGCUUUUGUUAAUUUCUGGUGUUAUAUAACUGCUAACAUGCUAUGCUUUCUUUCGGUGACCUGUACCAACAUGAACAUGACUAAAAAUGUUUUGUCUGUCUGGGACUUGAGGUCAAACACCUGUACUUGUAGGAAGCAGAUCUAUUUUUUUUGCAUUAAAAGUAUUAAUUUCCCUUUUCUGACUUCAAGGCUACAUUUGCGCAUAACAUAAUAUAUAUACUUCAGUGAAUAUAACAACUGUGGCUAUAUACUGCUUUGACAUUUAUUUUGUACCACAAUUAUUGGUUACUGUAUGAUGUUUUUUUAUUUGUGUACAUGGAUUGUUCAAACACAGAAUAAAA